AUGCAAAGCAUGAUUUACAUCGCCUGCCUCUUGGCUGCCGCCGCCGUGGGUUCCCCCAUAGAGCUUCAAGCUGGCCAGUUCAAUCAGAUGGGUGCUACCCAACCCUUCGUCGGAGGCGGCAGCUUUGGCAACAGUUUCGGCACCUCUUCCGAAAGCCAGCAAGAAGUCGACUCGCAGCAAGAGCAGUCCAAUUUUAAUCCAGAUUUCGGCGACUUGGGUGGAAGCACAUCUUCCGAACAAUUCACGAAAUCCCAAUCUUCCCAGAAGCAGUUGGAGUCCAGCUCCAGUGUCGAUCCGGAUGGUUCUGGCUACCAACAAGUUUCCCCACCAGCAUACCCGAGAGUAUUCAGAAUCAGAUCAGUUGCUUUGCCGCGGAGUCUCCCUUUUUGUGGACCCCAUCCUUGCGACGACCGUUGUAUCUGUACUGUUCCUAAUAGUUUCGCUUGA